UCGAUUAGCGUCACGUGGUCUACGUCAGAGGGAACAGCAAAAGAACAAGAUGGAGGAAUAUGCUAGAGAACCAUGCCCCUGGAGGAUCGUGGACGACUGUGGGGGAGCCUUCACCAUGGGAGCCAUUGGAGGAGGGAUAUUUCAGGCAGUCAAAGGCUUCAGAAACUCACCCUCAGGAAUGAACCACAGAAUGAAAGGUAGCCUGACUGCAAUCAAGACCAGAGCCCCACAGCUUGGAGGAAGCUUUGCCGUAUGGGGAGGCCUUUUCUCCAUGAUUGACUGUGGUUUAGUAAAAGUACGAGGGAAGGAGGAUCCCUGGAACUCAAUUACAAGUGGGGCCUUGACGGGAGCUAUCCUUGCUGCAAGAAAUGGUCCGGUUGCUAUGAUGGGCUCUGCAGCCAUGGGAGGCAUCCUGCUGGGUUUGAUAGAGGGCGCAGGAAUCUUGCUCACUAGGUUCGCCUCUUCACAGUUCCCAACUGGUGAGUAGUACUUAUGAUAUUUGAAGUUUGU